AUGGGAAAGCGUUGGCAUGUGGAGAUGGCCUACACUGAUAGUAUGGUGUUAUUUGCAAAUGGCUGGCAGAAGUUUCUUGAAGAUAAUUCUGUAGAGCCUGCAGAUUCUUUAGUUUUUAGCUAUGAUGGUGAUCAUAUAUUCGAUGUUUUGAUUUUUGAGAAAUGUGGAUGCAAGAAGAAGGAAAAUAGUGCUAAUGUGAGCAUUGACAUGAAGGUGAAGAUGCAGGAGAAAGAAGAUGAGGAUGACAAUGUUGUUAUUGAUGUUGAUGAUGAGUGGAAUGUUUCAUCAAAAGUCUUGAAAGAUUUUAAACUUGAAUUAGCCGAAAACAUUUUCUUUCAUGAUGAACUUGAGCGAAAAUGGUGUGGAGAGGUUUUCAAUUGGAAGGAUGGUCGACCAAUUAUUCGUGGGUGGGCAACUGUCUGCCAGUGGAACCAUGUGAAGAAAGAUGAUGUCUGCAUUUGUGAAUUUCUGCAAACGGAGGGGAAUGUGCAAGAUAUCAUAAAGGUGCAUAUCAUCUACAGCUCUGAUUCAGGGAGCUGA